AUGGUUGUUCUUUUUCCAAAUGGAAGAAGAGUGAAAAUUCACUGUUCGGAGGACACAAGUAUCUUACAGGUUUUAGAAGAUGUCUGUGCAAAACAGGGAAUUCAACCAAUUGAUUAUGACCUAAAACAUCACAACAAGGUCUUAGAUUUAACAACAACUGUUCGAUUUUGCAACUUGCCUAAUAAAGCAAUGUUAGAAAUGGUAGAAACUGAACGAAAACGAAUUGAGACUAAUGUUACCAUUGGGCUGAUGUUAGAAGAUGGGGAACGUAAAACAGGAGACUUCCCACCUAGCACAUCAUUAUAUGAUAUGAUUAUGUCACUAGCCCCUGAAAAAUUAUAUUCAUUAGACCAUCCAUCAAUACUGUAUAUGAGACAGGAAGUAACAGGACUAACAGCUCUUAAAGAAAAAACUUUGCGGCAAUUUGGAUUAAUAACAGGCAGAGCCAUAUUAAGAUUAUUGAACAAAACUGAUGCAAUGCAAGCAAAUGUUUCAAGAGUAUAUCGCGGAGAACAAGCCAAAGAUAAAAUAGAAGAACGAAAAGACAGUGCCGCGAGCCGUAAAAUAGAACAAAGUUUACCUUAUUCAGAGGCAUCUUUCCCAGGGCCUUCUGGUUACAGCAAAAAAGAUAAAAAAACUAUCAUUAAUCCUGUUGAGGCUAUUAAACAAGAACUUGUUAAGAAUAAACAAGCCGAUAAAGAUGACAAAGACAGUGAAACUGAAAAAAAAGAGGAAAAUGAAACCGUUGAUAUGAAGAUGGAAGUAGACUCUACAGAAAUAGACGUAGCUAAACCAUCAGCAGCUACCACUUCCGACACCUCGGUGCCAUGCCGGAUGUCGCAGGAAACACUAGAGCGACGCCUUAAAAUAGAAGACGAAGUUACUUUUUUAGGAGCUCAAAAGGCUAUAGCUUUUAUGCAGCCAGAUGAAAUGGAGGAUGAAUUACAAGAUCUACCCGACGAUUUCUACGAUCUGACGAUUGAAGAAGUACGCAAAAUGUAUCAUGAGCUUCAACAAAGGCGGUUGGAACUAGAAAAUACGCCACUAAUGACUUCUACUCAGAGAAACGACGUCGAAAAUCAGUCAAAUAAACAUAAACAGAAUGUUUAUAAAAAUGCUGUCGUAAGGAUACAAUUUCCUGAUCAUAUGAUAUUGCAAGGCAUUUUCGUACCAACUAAAACAAUCGAGGACGUCAUGAACUUUAUUAAGGAACAUUUGCAUAAUCCUGAUAAGCCAUUUGUUAUAUUCACUACACCUUUGAGAGAACAAUUGAACCCCUCGACCACUCUGCUUGAAGCGAAAUUUGUCCCGUGUGUUCACAUGCAUUUCAAAUGGUCUGAUGAAAACAGCGGCGGCCCAUAUCUUAAAGAAGAAAUAUAUCUGAAGAAAACAUCAAGUGAUGCUGCAAGUAUAUUGGCUUCAAAAUACCGGUCUCCAUCUCGAAGAACAAUCGAUGAAAAUCACUCUCUAACGCCGAAUCCAAAAUCCUCUACUACGAAACAGAGUAAAGUGCCCAAGUGGUUUAAAAAA